UAGAAUUUAGUCCAACUUAUAAAAUUUUACUCACCGAGUACAGCAUUUCGUCAAUUGUUCAUUCGAAUCAUUCCAAUUAAAAAAUGUGUGCCGUCAUUUUCAGGUCGUCGUCAACAUGCUUGCUUCUGUCUGAGAUUCUUAUUUCCCCCAAAAUCAAAGGAAAAUUUGUCUAUGUAAAGACCCAUUUCGAUUCAUAAUAGUAUUUGAUAAUUCUUGCGAAUUGGUUUGUGGAGAGAAAUGAGCGCAGAGCCUUGGCUCAAUUACGAGCCUCCGGAGCUGAGUUUCCAUUUUGAUCAUAACAGGCAGCUAUCAGCUUCUGUCCGAUUGUUAAAUAAAACCGACGAAUAUGUUGCUUUUAAGCUCAAGUCCACUAAUCCGAGAAAUUAUGUGGUUCGGCCAAGAAUUGGAAUUCUGUUGCCUCGAUCAACUUGUGAAAUCAAAGUGGCAAUGCGAGCCCUGCGGGAAGCUCACCACAAUAUGAGGUGCAAGGACAAGUUCAUGAUUGAAAGUGUAGCUGCAGCUCCUGAUACAACCUUAGAAGAUGCUCGAAAACUGUUUGAUAAGGAGUCCGGACAUCCCUUUCAAGAGUUCAUACUACGAGUCAAUUACAGUAGGUCAACAGAAUUUUCACCUGGAACAACUGUCACUGAAAUUACAGAUGUAGCUGCUCCUGAGGUCGAUAAUUCUUUUGCGGAAUCUCAUGAGAACGGCUUACAGGCAACUAGCUCUGUCGCUGAACCUCAUGACAAUGAUUUACCGGUCACGAACAAUGUUAACAAGCCUCGUGACAAUGACUCACGGGAAAACGAUAUCAUUCGUAGUGGUGAAUCAAUUCUGAGGGGCUUUAUCAGCAGUUGUAGUGGUGAAUCAAUUAUAAGGGAAGUCAUUGGUAUCUUGCUGGUUUUACUCUCCUUAUACCUCAUGAAGCAAACGAUAUCAUUGAUCUGGAGUUUGGUCAUGUUCGUGAUGAUGGUGAUAAUAAAGAUGAUUAAGAAACUGAUCUCCGAUUCUGUUGAAGACUGGAUAGUCAAAACUCUUCUGCACAUCGUCAUGUAUAUUCUAUUUGGGCGCAAUGAAAACACAGGCCUGACUUAGGACGACGCCGUCUUGUGUUAAUCAUAGUGACAAACAGGGAAAUGCAAUGAAGUAUUUAUUGUCCCAAUCAAGCUAACGCCUGCAUGUAAAUUAGAAAGAAUUUGGAGUUUUAUGUUCACUUUUAGAAAUGUUUAUUAUGACUAUGGACCACAGAUAGUGAUGCUAAGCAUUUUGCCACGUACAUGAAAAGUGAAUUCAGUUUUGCCAAUAUGUUGAGAUUUAUGUAUAUGUAAAAGCCAAGAGCUGGCCUGUUUUGGCUCUUUUCCAACCAAUACAGUCCCAAUUUAUCUCAA